CGCCGGACGGCCCCCCAGCCCAUGUGCGUGUCACCGCCCGGCUGCCUGCUCCGCCGGCGGAGGGGGAAGGGCGCCUCUCGCAUGGAGCCGCUCGGUAAGUGAGGGCAGCGCAGCGCCGGGCCCUGUGAUGCAGCACUCGCGUGCGGGCAGGCCCCCCUGCUAGGCGCUGCCUGCGCUGUACACACGGGGCGGCGGAGGCGCGGGGCUUGGCCCCGCUCCAUGGAGACCAAUGGCAUCGCUCCCACCCACCCCCACGGGCCCCGAGCCCGCCGGCACACACAGCCACACGCUUCAGCCCACCAUGGCCCCGGCGCCGCCGCUGCGGCCCUCGGCGAGCAAAUUCCGGGAGAUCCAGGAAGAGCAGGAGCAGCAGCAACAGCACGGCGGUGGAAAGGUAGAAGGCCAGCCCAAUGGUGACACAAUCCCAGCUGAGCAAGCCAAUCCUUCAGAUGACACUGUUGCUGGUGCUGGGAGUCGUCAGAAUGAUCAGAUAGUGCAGAAAAUAGAGGAAGUGCUCUCUGGAGCCCUUGGUACAGAGCUGCAGUGCAAAUCAGAUGUAGACAAAGAUACUGUGAAAAAUAGUUCUAAGUCUACAAAAAGAAGUCCUACUGAUGAAGUUGAAGAUGAAAUUCCUAGAAAAAAAUCAAAGAAGAACAAGAAACACAAAAGCAAGAAGAAGAAGAAAAAGAAGAAGAAAAGGAAGAAAGAGAAAAAACACAAAAAGCAGCCAAAGGAGUCAAAACUGAGUGCACGUCAUGGAGAACAUGCAGACUUACAGCCUGCAUCUCACUUGAUGCCAGAAAAUUCAAGCUCCAAAUUGAGUAUACAGCAUGGAGGAUCUGGAGAUUCAAAUCUGGCUGUUCACAUGCAGCCAGAAGAACUGUGCUUAAAAGUAAACGAGGAGCUUGAUAGACAAGCUUUAGGACUUGGUUCUCAUUUGAGAGCUGAUUCUCAGCCACCUAAGGAAGAUCUUGGAAGCGAGAAGGGGAAUUUGUGUGCAGCAGAUCCUCAAUUUAAUUUAGAAAGCAGCAAAUCUGAUAUCCAAGAACAUGCUAGUAUAACUCAAACUAAAAUUUGCACUAGAGAAGAACAAAUUAAAGAGUCCCAUGAAAAUAUUUAUCCUGUAGCUAUUAAUAUUAGUGGAAAGGGUGAACUCCAUGUUGAUACUGGAAAUGAUACGCUGUCUAGCAUCCCGUCUGGAGUUGCUAAUAAAUCUGAACUUCAGAAAGGUCCGGAAGUAACUUCGGAGGUAGUAGAAGCACUAAAAGAUUCAGAAGAUGUUCUGAAGUCUAAAGGCACUGGGGAGGCUUUCGAUACAACUCUUGAAUAUGAGACCAUGGAAGUGCUGAAGUACUCAGAAGCAGCUCUAAAAUCUGUGGCACAGAUGGGAGCAAAAGAAUUAGAAACAAACUCAGAAUCUGUGUCUUUGGCAAGUGAUUUGACAGUAAUUCCUAAAUCUGCAAGUCAGGCAGAUUUGAAAACUGUGAAAUUAGCUCACAUGUCUGUGGCCGUGGAAGAAGUGAAAAUUCCAGAAGCAACUGAAGAAUCUCUGCAUAUGGGAAAUGUGAGAAGUGUAGAAAGAUCUUUGGAACUAGGGGGUGUGACUGGAACUUUGGAGCCAGCACUGAAGUCCCUAACUGGAGCUGAUGAUUUGAGAAUGGCACAGCGCAGCUCCAUGGAGAGUGUGAAUGUCUUCCAAACAGCCUUGGAACCUGUAGCUAUGAUGGGGGCUGUGGGAGAUAAAGAAACAGACCCAGAUGUGGCUUUGCAACGUGCUUUUAAAAUACCUGUAGGAAUAGCUUUAACCCAGGUGGAAGCAAAAAUUGCCGAAAUACCCCUAGAACCAGGGGCUGUAACAAAGGUUAAAGAUGUUGAACCAAUCAGAGGCUCUGUGCAGACAGAAAAUGUGAAAGCUUUGGAAGAAGCUCUGGAGCCAGUUGCUGCGGUAAAGACAAAAGCUUUGGAAACAAUUGUGGAACCUGUGGGUAUGAUAGGAGCAAAAGAUGUCAAAGCAACUCGAGAACAUCUGGAAGUUGAAGUUAUCAAAGGUUUGGAAGGAACCAUUGAUUCUGCAGCAGUGUUAAAUGCUCCAGAAGUGGUCGUACAGCCUAAAGUGACAGAAACAAGAGCUUUGGAUAGAACCCAGGUAUUUGCAAUUCCAGUAGAAGUAACAAAUGUGAAUGUGGCUCAAGAAUCUCUACAGAUGGGAGGUGUGAAAAAAAUUCGAGAGGCUAAUGAUUUGGAAACAACUUUUCAAGCUGUAGCUGCGACAGAGUUAAAAGCAACAGUGAGCCAAGAGCCUCAGCAAACUGAAGAUUCAGGAGCGGCCCUAAAAUAUAUGGCCACAGAGGCAAAAGGCUUAAAAGCGCCUUUAGAACCUAUAACAGUUGUGGAGGCAUUUAUUCCCAAAACAGCUCCAGAAAUCCAGUUGGUAGAGGGUUGUAAAGGUCCACAAGCAACUGCAGAAGUUGUGGCAAUAGCAGGAAUAAAAGGUACAGAAACAAAUCAAGCUCCUCUGCAGUGGGAAAAUAAUGCUUCAGAAAUUCCAGAAGCAACUCUAAAGCCUGUAGCCAUAACGGAGGCAAAAGACUUAGAGGGAACUUCAUUACUGAGACAAGUAGAGGAGCUGAGAGAAUCAAGACCUGAGAGCAAGUCAAAUGUGAAAGAUUUGGAAGCAGCUCCCUUAUCUUUGCAGAAGGAAGAUGUGAAAGGUCCAGGAGGAGUCAGAAGACCAAUGGCUAUGCUAGAAGAAAAAACUUGGGAAACAACCUCACUGUAUUUGCAAACAGAAGAUACGAAAACUUUGGAAGGAGCCCUGAAACAUGGGGCUGUGGCCAGAGGUUUAGCAGCAGCAGCACUAGGUUCAGCAGUGGAGUCAAAAGGUUCAGAAAUAAAUCUGGAUCGUAUGGCAGGAGUAGAAGCAGCCUCAGAUGCUGCUUUCCCAGCCAUGAAAAUCGGAGAUGAAAAGCAUUUGGAAAGAAGCAGAAGUUCUGUGAGAACAGUGAAAAGUCUAGAAACAACCUUAGUACCUGUAGUGGAGACAGAAGGGAAAGAUUCAGAAGCAGUGCUUGGCAGAGCCAGGACAGGGGUGAAAACAUCUUCAUCACAUCUGCAAAUAGAAGAUGUGAAAGAUUUAGGAGGAGAUCCAGAGUCCUUAGCUAUGGCAAAGAUAAAAGCUUUGGAAGCAGUCUUACAGCCUGCACCCCUUUUAGGGGCAAAGGGCGUAGGAGAAAAUACAUGUUCUGAAGCCAAAUUUGGCACCCAAGUUUUGGAAGCAAGUCCAAGACCUCUGGCUGUAGAAAGUUCAGAAAGAACUCCUGAAUCUGUGUUUGCAUGUGUAAGCAUGGAGCCAGUUACAGAGUCCGAGGCACUGGCAGAAGUGAUGCAUUUGAAGACCGCAGCAGAGAGAGAACCAAAACAUGUGGAAACAAUUGUAGAACCUCUUGUUACAAGCAAAACAAAGAGUUUGGUCAUUUCACAGUCUGAUGUCAUGACAGACAGACAGUUGGAGAUAACUGCACAGACUGAGGUAACAAGGGUGAUGAAGGAUUCUGAAAUAGCUACCGGAUCUGCCAUUGUAAAAGUGAGAAAUGUAGACAGCUUACCAGAAGUUGAUGCAGUUUUAGAGGUAAAAGAUGUGGAAGCAAGUUCAAAAACUUUACACUUAACAGAAGUGAAAAAUUUGGAAACGGUUGUGGGAUCUAAAACAAGGUCACUAAUGCAAGACUUGGGAACGACCUUAGAAUCUGAGGCAACUGGAGAAGUAAAACAUUCUGAAAUUGCUCCAGAAGAUCUGAACAAAGCAAAGGUGAAGAACAAAGAAGCAGUACUGGAACCUGUGCAAACAGUGAUGGUGGAAACUUUGGAAAAAAAUUCAAAAUCGCUACACGUGGAAGAGUUGGAAACAGCUGUAGAAUAUGAGACUGGACGUAAGCCAGAAAAAAGUGAAACAGUAAUAGAAUCCCAAACUGUCAAAGGAGUAGAAUAUUGCAAAACAACUCCAGAAUCUCUGCGGACAGCAAUGAUGGGCGAUUCAGGAGCAAUGUUAGAAUCUUUGCCCAGAGUGGAAGAAAAAAUUGUGGCAUCAGAAGCAGUGACAGAAGUGAAAAACUUAAAAGGAACUUUGGAAUCUAAGGUUUCAACAGAUGUAAGAAAUCAAGGACCUACUGUAGAGUAUAUAAUUGCAACAAGGAGGACAGGUACAAAAAAAGUUGAGUCUUCACAUAUGGUCAGUUUAAAAGAUUUGGAAGAAGCUUCAGGAACCGAGAAAGGAAUGAAAAUAAAAUAUUUGGAGGCAGCAUCAGAAGCUAGAGAAAUGAGUUUUUUGGAAAGUAGGAAAGAACCUGCAAUAGUAGAAAGGAAAGAUUCUGAAAGAGUCACGGAGCCUGAGGUAUGCAUGCAUACCCAAGAUUUAGAAGCUUCUCAAAAAUCUGAAGAAGUAGGGGUGAUGAAUGUUUUACAAGACGCUUCAGAAACAUUCACCAUAGCAAAACAACAUUCAGAAGCUGUUUCAAAGUCUUUGCACACUGAUAAGCCAGAACAUCCGCAAGUAGUUCCAGAUGCCAAACCUGCUGCAGAAUGGAAAAGUGCAGAAGAGGCUCCAGAAAUCUUGAGUGGUGCUGAAAUGAAAUCGUCUGAAGCAGUUCCAAAAACAGGGGAUGUGAAAGAUCUGGAAACCAUGCUAGAAUGUGAAGUAGCAGCAGAAGUACAGUAUCAGCAAAUGGAGGAUAUAAGAGUUCCAGAACAGACUCAGGAAUGUGAGAUACAGGUUGAGAAGAAAGAUACAGAACAAGCUAUACCUUCUGAGUCUUUAAUAGAAGUAAAUGAUAGGCAGACUACUGCAGCAUCUGUGGCAGGUCCAGAGACGGCUUUUAGUUCUUUACAUGCAUCAGAUGAAAAAGACUCAGCAGCAACUCCUGAAUCUGAAAUGACUGGAAACCUAAAACACUUGGAAGUUGGUCCAGCUGAUGUGGCAGAGGCAAAAGAUGCAGAAGCAGCUCCAAUAUGUGCUGCUGUUGUAGAGCUGAAAGAUUCAGAAGCAGCUGCAGGGACAGAGGCAGAAACAAAAGAUUUGGAAGCAGCUCUGAGACCUGAGACUGUUACAGAAGAAGUUUCAGUACUGGUGGCAGAGCCAGGAGAGUUGGAAGAAAGUCCACAGCCUGAGGCUGUGAAAGAAGCAGGACAGGCGGAAGAAGCAAGAGAUUCGGAAACAUCUGAUGUGCAGCCUGAUGUGGCAGCACGAAUGAGAGAGACUCUAAUGAGACUUGAGAAAGUUUUUGAAAAAAGCCAUAGAAGUGAUAAAAAACACGAUGCAAAGAAACAAAAAAGGAGCCGCUCUAAGUCUCAUUCCAGGUCUAAGAAGAGGAAAAAAAAAUCAAGGUCAAGUUCUACUUCCAGGCGUUUGACCUCUAAAAGAGCACGUUCUAGGAGCAGAAACUAUUCGGAUUCGAGAAAAAAGCAUUCCAAAUCUAGAUCCCGGUCUGUGGAGAAGAGAGAGAGGAGAGUGUCUUCUCGGAGGUCCAGGCGCAGACGUUCCAGGUCCUCAGAUCGCUACAGGUCUAAAUCCAGAUCAGCAGAAAAGAGAGGGAGCAGGCUGUCGUCUGGGAGGUCCAGGCGUAGACGUUCCAGGUCCUCUGACCGCUAUAGGUCUAAAUCCAGAUCAGUGGAAAAGAGCAGGCUGUCCUCUAGAAGGUCCAGGCGCAGACGUUCGAGGUCCUCGGACCACUACAGGUCUAAAUCCAGAUCAGUGGAAAAAACACUGUCCUCACGAAGGUCUGGGCACAGACGUUCCAGGUCCUCUGACCGCUACAGGUCUAAAUCCAGAUCAGUGGAAAAGAGCAGACUGUCCUCUAGAAGGUCCAGGCGCAGACGUUCGAGGUCUUCUGACCGCUACAGGUCUAAAUCCAGAUCAGUGGAAAAAAGACUGUCCUCACGAAGGUCUGGGCGCAGACGUUCCAGGUCUUCUGACCGCUACAGAUCUAAAUCCAGAUCAGUGGAAAAAAGACUGUCCUCCAGAAGGUCUGGGCGCAGACGUUCGAGGUCUUCUGACCGCUACAGGUCUAAAUCCAGAUCAGCAGAAAAGAGACUAUCGUCUUGGAGGUCCCGACGCAGACGUUCCAGGUCCUCUGACCGUUCUAAAUCUAGAUCCAGGUCUUCAGAAAAGAGGGGGGGCAAAGAAUAUUCCUGGAGGUUCAGACACAGAGGGUCUGGUUCCUCUGAUCGUUCAAAAUCUAGGUCUAGAUCUGUUGAGAAGAGGGGUCGGAAGACAUCUCUGCGGAGGUCUAAACGUCAGCGCUCAAAGUCCUCUGACCGUUACAAGUCUAGAUCCAGAUCAGUAGAAAAAAGAGAUCGGAAGCAAUCAUCGCGGAAGUCUAAACGUCAGCGCUCAAAAUCCUCUGACCGCUACAAGUCUAGAUCUAAAUCAGUGGAAAAAAAGAAGGAGUCGUCACGAAAAUCUAAGCGUCGUCGUUCAAAGUCUUCUGAACGUUAUAAGUCUAGGUCGAGGUCUGUUGAAAAAAAGCGCAAGGAAUCUUCAAAGAAAUCCAAACGGAAACGCUCCAAGUCCUCUGACAGUGUUAAGUCAAGAUCUAAAUCCGUGGAAAAAAGAGAGAGCAAAUUACCUCCAGUAAAGUGCAGUAGUAAGCAUGUUGAGACUUCUGAACAUCAAGAGACAAGAACCAAAUCUCCUGAAAAAAUAGACGGUCCUGAACCUUCUUUGACAUCUGAAGGCAGCUCCUCCAAAUCCUCUGAUGGUCCUGUGUCAAUAACUUUGUCUGCUGAAAAGGUAAAUGGUCCAGAGCUGCCAUUGACAUCUGAAAGUGGAUUUUCCAAAACUUUAGAUAGCCUUGAGACAAAAUCCUCAUCUGUUGAAAAAACAGAAGAUCUGCAGCCUUCAGUGGUGUCUGAACUUGAAAGCGCCAAAGCCCCAGAUGACCAGGAAUUGAGAUCCAUGCCUGUAGAAAAAACACAGAUUUUGGAGCUUUCUCUGACAACUGAAAAUGGGUGUUCUACCACCCUUUAUGAUUGUGACUCUGAAUCUAUCCCAGCUGAAAAAACAGUGGCUCUGGAAUCUUCACCACAACCUGAACUUCCAUGUUCCACAUCCAAAUCAAGAUCCUCAUCUGUUGAAAAAGGAGGGGAUCCAAAGCCUUUUCUGGUAUCAGGUUUUCAGCUCUCCACAUCCCUUGAAAGUGAGUUGAGAUCUACAUCUCUCAAAAAAACACAGGGUCCAGAGCCCCUUCCGGCAUUUAAAAGUGGAUGCUCUGUCUCUGCUGAUGAUUACAACUCAGUCUCCUUGUCCUUGGAAAAAACAGAAGUUCAGGGGUCAUCUCUGAUGUCUGAAAGUGUGGUGUCUGACAUUACUGAUGGUCAUGAAUUGAGACCUGCCCCUGCUGAAAAAAGAGAGCUUCAGAAGAUUUUGCAGAUGCCUGAAAGUGGAUCUUCUAAAUUGGCUGACAGCCCUGAGUCAAGGUCACUCUCUUUUGAAGCAGCAGUGGUUCAGGACACCAAACUUACACGCUCCGAGUUCCCUGAUUCCCAUGUGCCAGGUGCUGACUUUUUUCAAAUAGCCAGGGUGCAGGAGCCUUCUCUGGCUUCUGACAGUGGAUGGUCCAAGUCUCCUGAUAGACAUGAAUCAGGAUCCAGCUUUGCUUCAAAAACAGAGGAGGUUUCAUUGAUGCUGGAAGGUGGGUCCUUCAAGUCACCUGAUGAAAAUGAAUUAGGAUCCUUAUCUGCUGAAAAAGUAAAGGCUCCAGGUGCUUCUCUGUCAUGUGAACGUGCUCCUCUUGAGGUCUCAGAUGAUGUCAUGUCAGAUUUGUCUUUUGAAAAAGCAGAGGAGGUUGUUACAGCAACUGUAGUGGAAAGCUACAAGUCUUCUGAAGUUUGUGAGUCCAGAUCAUCUGUUGACAAAGAUCUAGGCAGUCUGGAAUCUUCACAGAUACUUGAAAUUGGCUGCUCUGAAUCUUCUGAAAUCCGUGGAUCCCUGCUAGCUGAAAAAAUAGAGAGCAUAGAAUCUUUUUCAACGUCUAAAAGUGGAUUUCCCAUGGACCGUGAUGGCCAUAAGUCAAAAUACAAUUUUUCUGAGAAACUGGUAGGUGCAGAACUGUCAGUAGCAUCUGAACUUAAGUAUUCUGUAUUGCCGGAAGGCCAUGAAUUGAGAUCCACUGCAGCUGAAAAAUCAGAUACACAAAAGCCUCCUCUUCCACUGGCAAGUGGAUCCUCUGAAUCCACUGAUAUUUGUGAAUCAGUAAGCCCUCUUAAUGAAAAAUUAGACUCCCAGAUGCCUUCUCUGACAUCUGAAGAUAGAGUUUUCCUCUUGCCUGAUAGUCAUGAGUUGGGACCUAUCCCUGCUGAAAAAGUGGAGGUGCAGAAGUCAUAUACGGCCUCUGAACUUCAAUGCACUGUAUCUCCUGACAGCUACAAGUUGAGAUCUGCCUCUGAAGAAAUACAGGUGCAGGAGCCAUCUCUGAUGUUGGAAAGUAGAUGUUCCAUUUCCUCUGAUGGUCAUGGGUUGAUAUCCACCCCUGCAGAGAGAGUUGAGGUGGAGGAGUCUUCUCAAAUAUUUGAGAAUGAAUACACAAUGUCCCUUGAUGGCCAGGAGUUGAGAUCAACCCCUGUUGAAAAACCAGAGGUACAGGAACAUUAUCUGACACCUGAAGGAAGGUGUUCAGUCUCCCCUCCAAGCCAGGAGUUGCUGUCAUCCCCUGUUGAAAAGGUAGAGGUGCAAGAGUCUUUGACAUCUGAAAAUGAAUAUGCUGUAUCCUGGAAGGGCCAGGAGCUGAGAUCUAGCUCUCUUGAAAAAGUAAAAAUGCAGGAGCCAUGUGUAAUACCUGACAAUGAAUAUGCUGUAUCUGCUGAAGAUCAGGAAUUGCCAUCUUCCCUUGCUGAAAAAACAGAGGUACAGGAGUGUUCUUUGCUGUCUGAAAAUGAAUAUGCCAUGUCCCCUGAGGGCCAGGAGUUGAGAGCCAGCUCUGCUGAAAAAGUAGAGGUACAGGAACCUGCUGUGAUGUCUGACAGCAAAUACACCAUGUUCCCUGAAGGCCAGGAAUUACAGUGUACCCUUGUGGAAAAAACAGUGGUGCAGGAGCCUUCUCUAAUAUCUGACAGUGAAUGUGCUGCAUCCCCUGAAGGUCAGGAGUUGCUGUCUACCAUUGUUGAAAAAACAGAGGUACAGGAUUGUUCUCUGCUGUCAGAAAAUGAAUAUGUUUUAUCCCCUGAAGGCCGUGAUUUGACAUCCAGCCCUAUUGAAAAAGAAGAAUCAGAGGAACCUUCUGAAACAUCUGAAAGUGAAAGUUCAAUGUCCACCGAUAGCCAGGAGUUGCAGUCUACUCUUGUUGAAAAAACAGAGGUGCAGGAGCUGUCUCUGAUGUCUGAAGGUGAAUGUGCAAUGUCCCCUGAAGGUCAGGAGUUGCAGUCUAGCCCUGCUGAAAAGGCAGAGGCUAAGGAAUCUUCUCUGACAUCUGAAAAUGAACAUGCUCUGUCCCCUGAAGGCUAUGAAUCAAGACUGACCCAUGAUGAGAAAGUAGAGGAUAUGGAUUCUUCCUUGACCUCUGAAAAUGAUCAUUUGUCUUUUGAGGGUCAGGAGUUAAGAUUCACCCCUGUUCAGAAGGCAGACGUGCAGGAGCGUUCUCUGACACCUGAAAGUGAACGUUCAGAAUCCCCUGAUGGCCAGGAGUUGAGAUCUCCUUUUGUUGAAAAAGUAGGUGGUCUGGAACCUUCUUUGACAUUAAAUGAUAGAUCCUCCAUGUCUGCUGAUGGCAGUGACUUGAAAUCCAUCCCUGUUGAAAAAAUGCAGGGUGGGAUGCCUUCUUUAGUGCCUGAAAGUGGAUGCUUCAUGUCCCCUGAUGGCUACAGCAUGAAAUCUGUCCCUGGCGAAGAAAUAGGGGAUCUGGAGCCCUCUUUGAUAUCUGAACGUAGACAUUCCAUGUCCCCAGAUCAUGAUGGCCAUGAGCUGAAAUCUCCCACAGAAGAAGAGGGUCUAGAGUCCUCUUUGACUUCGGAACAUAGAAGAUCCAUGUCCCCUGAUGGUCAUGACCUGAAAUCUACUGUGGAUGAAGACAUAGAAGAUAUGGAGCCCUCUUUGACAUCUGAACGUAGACAUUCCACAUCCCCUGAUGAGCAUGAAUCAAGAUCUACCAUUGGUGAAGAAGCAGAGUACCCGGAGCCACCUUUGACAGGUGAACGUAGACACUCCAUGUCUUCUGAUGGCCAUGAGUCAAGGUCUACCACUGGUGAAGAAAUAGAGGAUGUGGAGCCCUCCUUGACAGCUGAACGUAGACAUUCCACAUCCUCUGACGAGCGUGAGUCGAGGUCUACCACUGGUGAGGAGGUAGAGGAUGUGGAGCCCUCUUUGACAACAGAACGCAGACACUCCACAUCCUCUGAUGAGCAUGAGUCAAGGUCUACCACUGGUGAAGAUGUAGAGGAUGCAGAGCCCUCUUUGACAGCUGAACGUGGAUGCUCUGUGUCUCCUGAUGGACGUGAAUCAAGGUCUACCACUGGUGAAGAAGUAGAGGAUGUGGAGCCCUCUUUGACAGCUGAACGUAGACAGUCCACGUCCUCUGAUGAGCAUGAGUCGAGGUCUACUACUGGUGAAGAAGCAGAGGAUGUGGAGCCCUCCUUGACAGCUGAACGUAGACACUCCACGUCCUCUGAUGAGCAUGAGUCGAGGUCUACCACUGGUGAAGAUGUAGAGGAUAUGGAGCCGUGUUUGACAGCUGAACAUAGACGCUCCACAUCCCCUGAUGGACGUGAAUCGAGGUCUACCACUGGUGAAGAAGCAGAGGAUGUGGAGCCCUCCUUGACAGCUGAACGUAGACACUCCAUGUCCUCUGAUGAACAUGAGUCAAGGUCUACCACUGGUGAGGAGGUAGAGGAUGUGGAGCCCUCUUUGACAGCCGAACAUGAACACCAGGAGUCACUUUCCAUGCCUCUUGAAAAGCUAGAGGGACAGGAUUCUUCCUUUAUGCCUGAGAGUAGGCGUUCUGAGUCUUCUGAACACGAGAGAUCUAGAUCCAAAUCUGUUGAAAAAGCAUCUGACAAAGAGUCUUCACGAAGAUCUAGAAGCAGACGCUCAAAAUCUCUUACUCGCCAAAAGAGUCGAUCGACAUCCCUUGAAAAAACAGCAGACAAAGAGUCUUCACGAAGAUCUAGACGUAGACGCUCUAGGUCCACUGCUCGCCAAAGAAGUAAAUCCACAUCUGUUGAAAAAACAGCCGACAAGGAAUCUUCACGGAGAUCUAGACGUAGACGCUCUAGGUCCACAGCUCACCAAAGGAGUCGAUCCACAUCUGUUGAAAAAACAGCUGACAAGGAAUCUUCACGGAGAUCUAGACGUAGACGCUCCAGGUCCACUGCCCGCCAAAGGAGUCGGUCCAAGUCCAUUGAAAAAGCAGCUGACAAAGACUCUUCACGGCGGUCUAGAAGCAGACGCUCCAGGUCUUCUCAGCGCAGAUCCCAGAGGUAUGAUACAGAAUCUCGCUCUAGACGGAAUCGCUCCAAAUCAGUAACACACAGAAGAGCGUCAAGAUCAAAAUCUAAUCGUCGCUCUCGAUCUAGCUCACUGUCUCGUUCAAGGCACAGAAGAAGGAGUAGGUCAAGAUCGGCAUCAAGAAGAAGGCGUUCUUUAUCAAGAGAUAGGCGUAAAAGAUCUCAGAGAAAUAGAUCAAGAUCUACUGAUAGAAGAAGGAGAAGAUCCGAUUCAAGAGAUCGUAGAAUAUCACUCAGGUUGCGUAGCAGGAGUCGAACACCUAUUCGUCAAAGGCGAUCAAGGUCAAGAGGAAGAAGACGGAGCUCUAGUAGGUCACCAAUUCGACUACGGCGAUCGAGAUCUUCAGGGAGAAGAAGAUACAGCAGAUCACCUGAUCGUCGAAGGUCCAGGUCAUCUGAGCGGUUUUCAAGCAGAUCGCCUAAACGUCUUACAGACUUGGACAAGGCCCAGCUACUUGAAAUAGCCAAAGCUAAUGCAGCUGCCAUGUGUGCUAAGUCUGGCGUUCCGUUACCACCAAGCCUGAUGCCUAUGUUAGCUCAAAAGAAAGACGACAAAGCAAAUAAGUCGUCAAGAGAUACUCUAAAGGAGCUCACUGAGAAAUGCAAGAAGAUUGCUCAAAGUACAGAUGAUGUGAUAGUGAAUAAACCUCAUGUUUCUGAUGAAGAAGAGGAAGAACGUCCUUUCUAUAAUCACCCCUUUAAGCUCAAUGAACCAAAACCCAUUUUUUUCAAUUUAAGUACUCCAAGUAUAAAACCCGCACCACCACCACAACCGAAAAAUCAGGUCAGCCUGUCAAAGGAAUUUCCUGUCUCAUCUGGGUCUCAGCAUAGGAAAAAAGAAGCAGAUAGUGUCUAUGGUGAAUGGGUACCAGUUGAAAAAGGCAAAGAAGAGAGCAAGGAUGAUGUUUUCCCCAAACCAGCCAUUGAGGCUGUGGACAUAUCUACAGCUAUGAAUGAUCGAGCAGUGGCUCAGAAAAGGCUUAAUGAGAAUACAUUUGAUUUAGAGGCCAUGUGCAUGUUAAAUCGUGCACAGGAACAGAUCGACGCCUGGGCUCAGUCAAACUCCAUACCUGGUCAGUUCACAGGAAGUACUGGAGCACAAAUAUUGUCCUCAGAUGAAUUGACCAACAGUGGUCCCCAAGCAUGGAUUAGAAAGGAUCAGUUCUUAAGAGCAGCCCCUGUAACUGGAGGAAUGGGAGCUCAACUGAUGAGAAAAAUGGGCUGGAGAGAAGGAGAAGGGCUGGGAAAAAACAAAGAAGGCAGCGUGGAGCCUAUUAUGGUUGAUUUUAAGACGGAUCGGAAAGGGCUUGUUGCUGUGGGAGAGAAGGCACAAAAGAGAUCUGGACAUUAUAGUGUGAUGAAGGAUCUUUCAGGUAAACAUCCAGUUUCUGCAUUGAUGGAGAUCUGUAACAAAAGAAGAUGGUCACCACCUGAAUUUGUGUUGGUGGAUGAUAGUGGGCCUGAUCAUCGCAAACAUUUUAUUUUUAAGGUUAGAGUCAAUGGAAAUGAAUAUAGGCCUACUUUUGCCAGCCUUAAUAAGAAGCAUGCUAAAGCCACAGCAGCAACUGCGGCUCUCCAAGCGAUGGGACUUGUACCAAAGGAAAGCAUGGCUACUACCACCAUGUUUAGGAGUGCCUCACACCGCUAGAUAUUGUUUUUUAUAUUGACAUUAUUUCAGAUAAUUUUACUCUGCACAAAAAUGGUAUUUGCCCUUUCAUGUUGUAAAUACAUUGGCAAUUCCCACGUUGUAAAAACUGUACAGACACCUUCAGGUUUUUCUUUUGUACCAUCAAAAUGUAUUUAAAUCAUACUUAGUUUUUGGUAUGUUUAUAUUGUUUACAUUAGUGAUGUAAUUAUUUCUUAAAUGACUAAAAUCAGACAACAGACUCUGGAGGCAUCAGUAAUCUAAACCCUUGUUUUAAAACUCAUGCAAUUUCUCUUCGAUAUGGAAUGUUAACACUUUCAUACUGUUUUGUACUAUGCUGCAGUUUUCCCUGGUCUUGGUAAAGCUACUCUUGCACUUUUGCCUACAGCUGGUAAAAGGCCAUGCAGCUUACCUUAGUCUCUUCGGGGCUGGCGUGUACUGCUGGACAGAUACCGGGCCAGUACUGCUACCCCUGUGAGAAAGCAGGCGGUGGUAGCCCUGUUGUACAGUGUUACCGCUGCAGCUUCUCUUUGACAUUUGUUUGGGGUUUAACUCAGUGGUGCACCACAACUGGCCAUACAGCCCAUAUUCUAGGACAUACAUGGUUAGGCAAAAGACUUGCUUUAAGUGGGCGGGCAGAUGGUCCAGCGAUGGAACUGAUGAGACUUGCAAUGUAAAAGCAUCUCUCCCUGCAUGUUCUAAGAAGGGAGAUAAUGGAGUUGUCUAUUCCAAACAAAUUAACACACUGCCUGAUGUUGAUUGUAUGAAUUUGUGGUUAAUGUGAAUUUUAAACUCUUAACAAAUCUACAACUGGAUUUGCAGGGGGGGGGGGGGGGGGAUAGAAUGAUGCUUCAAUUGUUGUACCCAACUUGGUCAAUAAAGCAGCACAAGUUCAUAAUCUUAAUCACUGGUCAGUAAACAGUAAUUAAAAAUCUAUGCCCGACCAACUUUUUGAAAAUACGCCCAGUAUAAAAGUAUGUAUCGUGAAGAAUAGCAACAGCUGUUAAGGGUUGCAGAAUCCAUUCUAGUAAUUUGCAGUGUUUCAAAAUAUUACCAAAUUAACUCCUUGGGCUCUAAUUUUCUGUAAUGGUACUUUGCCUUCAAGGAGACAGCCUGAUCCAGAGUUUUGGCUGUUUGAUAGUGGAGAGGAUGCAAAAAGACUUUUUUUUUCUUUCUUUCUUUCUUUUUUUUUUUUUUUUUAAGAUUUAAGAAAUAUUAGUAAUUUAGCUAUGUGCACUUUGAAUUUGAAAGGAAAGUUUUGGCUGCAAAGAGCAUUGUACAUCUCUUCGAGAUUUGUCUCUGUUAUGAGCAGAUUGCCAGGAUUUAUGGCCUGUAGUAGUCCAGAUGCUUAUUUUUGAAAAGUCUUUUUGAGGUUGUUUCUUAUUACAUCCACUGACCAAAGCUUCAUCUGGAGAAGGAACAAAAUAUAGUUUGUAUACAGUACGCAGUUGCUCUGGCCUACAGUGAAUGACCCUUGCAGCAGCAGUAGGAACUUGGAGAUGAGGAAUUACUAGUACCUCUUCCUCCACGAAGUGAAGUUAUUUGUGUGUUCUCUCAACCAUUACUGAACAAAGCCUCUUUCUCUGCCCCAAAGGGAUGAGUAGCAGUGUCUCAUUUUGCAUGUGGCAUAACGGAGGGACAGAGAAAUGUUCUGAAUUCUCUACCACAUGUUUCCAAGAAAUAAGGCCCCUUAGUCUAUCAAGCACUCUAGAAAUGCCUGAAUUAAUCAUAAGUUUUGUGGAUGUAGUUGUCUUUAAUUAAACACUUCUUUUCCGUUUGGCUUCUUGCCUUCAGUCUCUGAGUAAAAUUGUUGUUAGGUCUCCUUUCCUUCCUUGCUGAAAUAAUUGGAAGGUGUGUAAUAAAUGUAAAUAGGAUGGUAAGCAAUGGAAGGGCAUACUCUGGGAGAACUGGAUGUCACACCUGUCUUAGCUGAAGUCUGGCUCAAUGUAAUGUACAGCUCAAUGUAAUUAGCUCAGGAUGUGGGAGGCAGCUGUUAAUCAGGCUUUUGUUACUGUCUGAUUUUGAUAUACCUAAAACAUUAUCAGAGAUGUUGAUUAUUCUGUUUAGUCUAUGCUGUCCAUGUAAGCUCUUGGCUGCGCAAUAUCAAAUCUGGGAACAUACAA